GAUACGCGUAAGGCACCUGCUGCAUUAAAGGCUCUGGAUAUAGCAAUAAGGCACGCAGCAGCUUGUAACCGUAGACUUCGACACUUGCAGCCCAGGCGCCAGAGUCUCUCUGCUAUCCUACUUGCUUCAUAUAUAAUUCUUUGAACGUUGCAAAACCUGCAACAGGUUUUUAGCUAACAGAGUUCUAAUACAAUGGGUUGCGGUGCCUCGACCGACAAUGGAAAUUUGGCUCAGGCCCCAGUAAAGGCCAGCUCGGAAACCAAAGCUUCAGAAGGCGCGGCCCCCGCGUCCCCGCCCGCGGCUCCUGCGGCCGCUCCCGCGCCCAAGGACGGCUCCUCCGAAUGGCACCUGCUGGUGUACGUCAACGACAUAUCGCAGGCCACCGGGGGCGCCAGCGUGCCAGGGUACUAUCUGGUGGUGCACGACAACAAGAAGCCCAGUGCGCCUCGCCUGUCAGUGGUGUGCCUGUCUAACGGCACCCUGCAGCCGGUGCGCAUCAAGGACAAGGGGCGCGGGCUGGCCGAUGCAACGGACCUGGAGUGCCUCUUCAUGAUUGAUCCGGCGGUGACGGGCAAGAAGCAGCCGCUGUACGUGGCCAUGCAGUCCAACGGCAAGGCGUUCCUGUUUAGGCUAUCCAAGAAGAAGGACAAGUGGGUGGCCCACGGCGUCAAGACCUUCACCGUGCGCCCGCCCGCAGCCAUCGCCGCCGCCAGCCUCACCAACUGCGAGGGCGCGCGCGCCUACGUGGAGGGCGGCCGGCUCUUCAUGGAGUACGGCAACCGCGGCGGGCGGCAGGACGGCAAGCAGCUGACGCCCUGGGUGGCGCGGCACCCGCUGGACAUCAAGGCGGUGCGCAAGGGCAAGUUCCAGGUGGAGGAGUCAGCGCUGGAGGUGACGUACUGGCCGGCGGCGCUGGAUGGAGAUCCGGAUGUACGGCAGUGCGCGGAUAUGGGCCAGGCGGUUGGCAUGGCUAGGUACGGCCAGCUGUUCGCCGCCGCCAAGGACGAUGAGGCGAGUGAGACGCACUUCGUGUCGUACAUCAUGGAGCGGCUGCCGGGCGCGCAGGCGGGCGGCGUGGAGAACUUCAAGCCGCUGUACCGCCUGCAGGGGGCCAAGAUUGAGGGCAUCUACGACAUCACAAAGGACGUGAGCAUCUUCGCCACCGACGACGAGGGCAAGGGCUCCUUCCUGACCGUGCUGCACCGCCACAGCGGCGCCGCAUGGAGGCUCAACGUGGUGCCGCCGGAGGGGGCGGACCCGCGACUGUACGGCAUCUCGGGCAUCUCGCCCGUCGACCCCUCCUACAAGAAGAAACACGAUGAUAGCAGCAGCGAGAGCGAGCAGAGCAGCGAGGAGGAGGAGGAGGAGCAGGAAGAGGAGCAGCAACAGGAGGAACAAGAAGAGCAGCAACAGGAGGCACGAGAGGAGAGAGAAGAGGCGGUUGAGGAGGCGGAGGAGGCACUGGAGUAGGACGAAUGUUUCGCCUCUCUCCUCUCACCGUCCUAUUCUAAUUCCUCUUAAUUAAUUUCUCCUCCAUUCGGUUUUGUGUGCUCGGAUGGUGUCUUGUCUGGUAAGCUGUUCUUAAGGAAGCAUGCAUGGUCGGCAUGUGAGCAUGUAUGUACGCGCACGUGAGCAUCUCUUGAGUCCGUUCGAUGCAGGCAAACCCUGCCUCCCGCGCCGGUGAUUAUGUCGGGUCCCUGUGCCUGAGUGGCUUGUGGGUGGCGUGUCCCCUCCACCUGCGCAAGGUGCCCUUACAGCCGCGCCGGUAGAGCGUGUGACCCUUGCAGCCCUCCCCAGAGACUGGAUACGUGCGGACAGGGGUUCCCUCGUUUCCAUGCGGGUUGGGGCCGGGUGAUGUUUGACCUCCUUGCUCGUAGCGAUACGUUCCCGUGUGCUCAUACCGUGCGUUGCGACGUGUACGCAACCCCCGUACCGUAUUCAUGUACCUUGACGACUUUUGGGUUGACGUGCUGGGGUCGGCAUGGGAACGGCGUUGUGGCCGAGGGACGCGCCGACCACAAAUUCCGCUUCCACGUUGGCCUAAGAAAAGAGACCUAAACACUUGCUUGGGACCUAAACACACUUGUACAGCAGUGGGACAGCGGUCUAACAGUAGUCAUACACUGGCAACUGGUCGUGAUUGGGGGGACACUGUGAUAAGUCAACCGGAACUGUGAUUGCCGAAAGAUGAAGUGUAUGUAUGUGUACGUGUCUUGCAUGCUUUCUAUGCAUCCGAGAGGCAGCAUGGCAUUGAUAAUGCGGUACAAUAAUACCAAUCUGUGGGUGGGGUUUGUGAGCACAAUGUACGGGUGGGGUGUUUGUGACGUUAGCCUGCAUUACUCACCGUGACCACGUUUCCUGUAUUCCGGAGCAGAGGCGUCCUUUCUGCGUUCCUCGCUCGUGUCCCAAUGUGUUGCAGUAUCUGUCCAUAUUAUGUGCGUGAAGUAAGGGUUUUUCAUUGCUAAACGGCUUUAGCUCGUGUUUACAUCUUGGCUGCAUGGCAGCGUACGCUGGCUGCAGGGAGGACGGGUGCCGCGACACAUCGAAACCACUAUUGCGGCUGGGACCGAUGGGACCCCUCCUCCCUCACACGCGCACGAGCGCUGACGUGUCCUUGUCAAGUGAAUGAGUCGAGACUGACAGGUGUAUGAAUUAACCUACUCGGGUAGUUUGCGGCAUGUCCAAUUUGUUGGGGUGUGCAACUCCGUGUGAAAGCGGAUCACGAAGGAAUGAUCCCGCUUAGCUAGCCGUUGUGGCUCAUCUGUUCACCUCGGCACGUUUCUGUCCUCCGCCGACCCCCAACGCUGUCCCUCACGGGCUGCGUGUAUUGGGAAAUGCUCCCUCUUCGAGUGGCUGCAGCACCCAGCUUCCCCUUGUAAAUACCCCCUUCUCGGUCAC